GUGUUUUUGAUGGUAUCCUCUACAGCAUACACUUGGAGGAUAAUGAAAUGAAAGGGCUGCAAAGUUACGGAUAGAAUGAGACUGGACUGAACCUCAAGAGCAGCACAAGAAGACCCUCCUUCAAACACAGCUAGCUUUUCUCCUCCCUCAACCCCAGUCCUGCAUUUUCGGCUUCAACUUUUUACAUGGUAUAAGUGAUACAGUUUAUGUUAACAUUUUUUUCUUCAAUUUUUCUCCUUUUUUUAAGUUGUUCUUUUAGUUCGUUCUUGCUUAAAGUCUUAAUUUUUAAGUCUUCAAUCACUUAGGGAAACCACAAAGUUUUGAUCUUUUUGGUCUGUGCUAAAGAGCCAAAGCUGAAAUUUUGAAUUUUGCUUUUCAUUAUCUGUUGGCAAUGGCAACUUUGGUGAAUUCGGUGUCUCCUUUAACAAGCCCUUCUCCAGAGACUGCGCGAACAGCUUGUGGGUUCUUUUCUAAUGUCCCAAAUUUCUAUUCUUUUUCACUAAACAAAGGUUUCAAUAGAGUUUUGGCAUCAACCCAGAUUACAAUUUCACCUAAAGACUCUGUUUUGACACUGCCCAAUUGGAAGGUUGGUAGGAAUGGCACAAGAAAUAGGGAGAUUAGGCUUAAUGAUGCGUUUUUCCAUUUGGAGUCUAUUGUUGGGAAGGGUCAUAAACCUGAUGUUGCUCAAGCAACACAGCUAUUGUACGAUUUGUGCAAGUCGAAUAAGAUGAAGAAAGCGACGAGGGUGAUGGAAAUGAUGAUUGAGUCUGGUAUUAUUCCUGAUGCAGCUUCUUAUACUUUUUUGGUGAACAAUUUGUGUAAGAGAGGAAAUAUUGGGCAUGCAAUGCAAUUAGUUGAGAAAAUGGAGGAAAAUGGCUAUCCAACCAACACGGUUACCUAUAAUUCGCUUGUUAGAGGGCUUUGCAUGCAUGGAAACUUGAAUCAAAGCUUGCAGUUACUAGAUAAGCUGAUGUGGAGAGGGUUGGUCCCAAAUGAAUUUACUUAUUCUUUCUUGCUUGAAGCAGCUUACAAGGAGAGAGGUGUGAAUGAAGCGAUGAAGCUUUUGGAUGAGAUAAUUGCGAAGGGUUGGCAGCCUAACUUGGUUAGUUAUAAUGUUUUAUUAACUGGAAUAUGCAAGGAAGGCAGGACGGAAGAGGCAAUUCGGUUCUUUAGGGAUUUGCCAUCAAAGGGUUUUAAUCCGAAUGUUGUGAGUUAUAAUAUUAUACUCAGGAGUUUGUGCCAUGAAGGAAGAUGGGAGGAGGCAAACCAGCUCCUGGCUGAGAUGGAUUCUGAGGAGCGCUCACCUUCUCUGGUUACAUACAAUAUACUAAUUGGUUCGCUUGCCUUCCAUGGCAGGAUUGAACAUGCAUUUGAAGUUUUGGAUGAAAUGGUGAGGGCAUCAUUUAAGCCCUCUGCCACAACCUAUAACCCUAUAAUUGCUCAUCUUUGCAAAGAGGGGAAGUUGGACCUUGUGAUUAAGUGUCUAGACCAAAUGAUUCAUCAUCGCUGUAAUCCCAAUGAGGGAACGUUUAAUGCCAUUGCUGUGCUGUGCAAGCAGGGAAGGGUGCCAGAGGCAUUCUCCAUAAUUCAAAACUUGGGUAAUAAGCAAAGGUCAUCCACCCAUGACUUUUACAAAGGUGUGAUUACGAGCUUGUGUAGAAAAGGGAACACGUAUCCAGCAUUUCAGCUUUUAUACGAGAUGACAAAGUUUGGAUUUGUUCCUGAUCCUUAUACCUAUUCAUCUUUGAUUAGAGGGUUGUGCAUUGAGGGAAUGCUGGACGAGGCCUUGGAGAUUUUCAGGCUAUUGGAAGAAAAUGACUAUAGGCCUAUUCUUGACAAUUUCAAUGCCCUUAUACUUGGAUUCUGUAAAUCUGGUAGAACAGAUUUGUCCCUGGAUAUUUUUGAGAUGAUGGUUGAGAAAGGAUACACACCGAAUGAAACAACUUAUACCAUUAUAGUAGAAGGGAUUGCCCAUGAAGAAGAAAAGGAGCUGGCAGCAGAAGUUUUAAAAGAGUUGCUCCUCAGACAAGUCAUGAGACGAAAUACAGCGGAAAGACUUGUUUUGCAAUACAACCUCGAGGCUUUACCAGUCUGAAAUUGUAUGCAUCAUCCAGAUUAAGAACACGAAGGGGGAACAUGGAAUGAAGAUACUUUGAGCAAGCGUGUUCAUCAAUACCAAUGUCCAUGCUUUGUCAGAAAUUUGUAUUGUGACAUUCCGAUCAAGACUGGGAAAUCAAGGAUUCUGCAUAUUGAAAUUGAAAGAGAUUGUCACAACACUGGAAUGUGUUGAAUAUUUUGAAAAUGAGGAAGGAGCAAAGGUUCAAACAAUAGGAUUCUUGGCUAUGUACUUUUAUUCCUGUAUUCGCUUCACCCUGGGUUCUGUGAGCUGAACAGUGUACAGAGAACUUGCAUCUUUAUUUUAUGCUGUGCAAGUCAAAUUUCACGAUUCAUCUGA